AUGAAGCCGUUCUUUGUAUACUUGGGUAUGCUGGUCUGGGGGGUGCUUGGUGAUGAUACCACAGGAUUUGGUAACGCUUCAAACUCGACACAAGCUCCAGCUGGGGGCUCCACUGCCGCUGCUCUGACCACUCCUUCUGACGUCACUAAUGGUGCUGUGACUACUGCUUCGGCCUCUCCUACCACUGCUGCUAACACGACUGUUGUAAUGGCUUGCCCAACUGGUUUCUGUCAUGAUACACAAUUCAAUCCGGGAA